AGAUGUCAGGCCUCGUCGAUUACCAAAGCAUGGCCCGAAAAGCGUACGAAAAGCUCCAAGAAUUGGGAAUCAGCCGACACGUCACCCCACUCUUCGCUGAAAAUGUCACUGUUCCGAUCCCGGGAGUCGUGUUCUUGGAUUGUGUUGUCAAUGACAUGACAUUAAUCUCCCGGAUCGCGGGUCUCGUCGCGCGGGCCGCAUUCCACAUCAAAAAUGAAUCCCCCCAGCACGGAUUGAUCGAAGUUGGAGCUCCAUAUAAUCUAGUCGACAACAUCUCCUAUCCGGGUCUGAUCAGAUUCUGCGGGAAAGUUCGUAAUAAUCUCGGGAACAACUACAACAUCCAAUGCGACAUCUUCCAAAUGUGCCAGUUCGGCGCUCGCUCGUUGGGCUCCGUUCACAACACCAUCACCGUCACCGUCGCAGCUGCUGCACCGAUUCCGAAUCUCGUUCCACGUGGCAUCUUGGCUCCACCACCACCACCGCCGCCGCUGCCGCUUCCUCCAGUGCGCCGCCGUGCGCCGAAAGUCCUGAACCUGCAAAAAUUCAUCGAUGCCUAUCAGCCUGUCCAGUCGACUGGAUAUCCGAUUGGCACACCAGCAGCUGCUGCAGCAGUCGAAAAGGAAUCUGCUGCUCCUGUUGUCCCCGAGAAUGCUGAGAAAGAAGUUGCACCAAAAAUCGCUCAAAAAUUGGAAUUGUGCGGAACUCCAUGCAAAAUCAAGGCGGAACCCGAGGACGAGGACAUUAUCAUUCUGAAGCAUAUUGCACCGAAUACCGAUGGUGGUGUAAAACGUGUCGGAAGUAGAAAUAAGAUUGGAAAGCGAUCCCAGAAGCUCAAAACUCGUCGACUCUGAGCUCUUCACCGUUCAAAUUUGUAUGCCACUAUGUACUGUUCAAUGAAUUCCCACCGGUUAUGAUACUCUCUUUAAUUAUUUGAAUUUCGCCUUGAAUAUUAUAAAACUGAAAAUAGUUAUGUCAAUUAUUAGUGUUCAAAUAGUUUUUCAAUAAAUGCAUGUGUUUUCC